AUGGAGCAGAUGACCCGAGAUCAGGGCCCUCGAAGCUACAAGUCUCGACGAAAUCGGCCUUGUGAUCUGUGUAGAACAAGGAAGAUUGCCUGUCGCAUUGAUUGCUCACCACCAUGUACAUUUUGUCAGAGCCGCGGGAGCGAAUGCACCUUCAUAGAGAAACCGCCAGCCAAAAAAAGGCGAGCAUUGUCAACAGACCCUCUAGGGAGCAAUAAUGCACCAUCGUCGACACUUUCAACCACCUUUACCUGGGACUGGAACGAUGCCCCGCCUCUAGAGUUCGAUAGCACCAUCUUUGGCGACCUCGCGCUGUUCGAAGACGUGAGCGCCGAGUCUGGUGAACAAAGUGAUACGUCGAUUACAGGCUUCAAUGGCAAAACCCAAAGCAGCAAGUCUGGAAACAUCCAUAGCCCAGAGCAACGGAGAACCACAGAGCGGGAACGCCGCUUAUGGGAAGAAGGAUUCGUGCUGCAUGGCGCUCACAUGCCACCAGAUACUGGCCAUCUCAGCCGUCACGUUGUCGCGGGUCUUUCUGCACAAGACGGGCGCAUCAAGUUGCCACAGCUCACGUUGCAGGGGAUAGAUGGAUCUGACAUGUUGGGUCAGAAGCUCAAGGGGAAUGUGCCUGUACUGUUAUACCCUGAUCAGCAAUCUCCUUCCCCGUUGCCGCAGUUCAGUGAUCGAUCGGUGUCCUGGUCUGAUAUUAGUGACUUGUUGUCCGCUAAACAAUGUGAUCAGUUGAAGAGUCUCUACUUUCAAUUCAUCCACGCCGCCUUCCCGGUAUUGCAGGAAAAUGUACAGUUGGGGAAUGGCCGAGACCACAGCAUCUCGGACAAAGCCCGCCUGGCACUGGCAGCUUCGCUUUACGCAACAGCGAUUCCGUUUGCCAUGCACGAUGAUCACCUCUGUGCCACGCUCACCAAUACCUCGUCCAGGAGAGAGCAGCUUUACUCGAUUGCAGUUACAACCAUCCUUGAACAAGCUCACCGGCCGUCCAUAGAGCUCCUGCAGGCUUCUUUGCUCCUGCUGCAAAAAGGUCCUACUGCUCAGCACUACGGGCUGACUCCUGCAUUUGCCUGGUUGACAUCCUUUGCGGUAACAAUGGCGAAAAGUAUUGGUCUACAAUACGACUGUAGCGCGUGCAACAUACCUGGGGUCGAGAAGCAAACUCGUACGCGAUUAUGGUGGGCGACAUUUGUCAUGGACACAUGGGUCAGCCUGGAUUCACCGGGAGGACGAUCGAUCAGUCCAGAUGACUAUGACGUUCCACCACUGCAACUGAGCAACGGUGCAACGACAAGUGCACCUCAUCUGGUCGGGCAGGAGCUCAACCACUUCUGCCAGUUGGUCACCAUGAGCCGGCUGUUGUCGCAGAUUCAAACAACAUACUACACCGUGCGUGCUGCGAAAGACACGAGGGGAAAUCUGUUUAGGUCUUUGGACCUGGCCCGGCCGAUACGUGCUGAACUGGUCGAGUGUCGCCAGCAGCUGAAUACGGGGUUGUCUUUCAAAAGUGGUAAUGAGACUGGGGUUCAUGCGUCAAUUCAUAUCGCCAGCUGCACGGUCUCGAUCACGCUUUUUCGAGCCCUGAUUCGACCCAUUCAGCACGGAGAUAUUAACACUUCGUCGUCAUUGACGGAUAGCCAGAGGUCUGCUGUGAGUGCUGUGCUGGCUGGUUCUGUCAACUCUGCGCGAGAAGCGGUUCGUAUCCUGGAAGAGAUGGUAGCGGUGGUUGGGCCGUGGAAUUCUUUCUGGCAUUCCUGGUCCCAGGGCAACUUUGCAAUUGUCAGCACAUUCUUCGUACAGCUUCUUUCGGUGAGCAAGUCGCAAGACAUGCAGCAGGACAUGACGUCUGAAGUUCUCGAGCUCGUGUCGCGUUGGAAACGCGCCAUACGGGUCGGAGCUGGCAAUGGAGGCUGGGGACAUUCAUUGAUGAGUCUGGCAUUGACUCGACUUGAUGCGCUGCUGAACCAUGUUCCGCCAUAG